UGAGUUACAGAAAGCGCCCCCUUGCCGUAUUCUCGCGAUAACUCGAAAAUCACAGAUUAGGGGUCAGCGAGAUGUUUUCCACGUGGGUGCGGAGAGCAGCAGGAAGAGCAGGGCGGAGGAUUUUCUCCCAAGUGGCUGAGCCAAAAGGUGCAGGGAGACGACUUUGUGGCUUCCAGCUGCCUGAAGAGAUGAGUGCGGAGGAGCUGUCGAAGGAGCUCCAGAGGGGGCAGGAAGAGUCCCUGAAGAGACCCGCUGAGGGGAAUGGCGACUUGGGUGAAGAUGGACACCUCGACAAACGGCUGAAGCAAAGUCCGUCCAAAGAGUCCCUUGCUGAUGUGAAGAAAUUCCCAAAGAGAAAAGUGGUUCUGCUAAUGGCAUAUUCAGGCAAAGGCUAUCAUGGGAUGCAGAGAAACGUUGGGUCCUCCCAGUUUAAGACGAUUGAAGAUGAGCUGGUCACAGCGCUAGUCAAGUCAGGAUGCAUCCCAGAGAACCACGGGGCAGACAUGAAGAAAAUGUCAUUUCAGCGGUGUGCGAGGACGGACAAGGGUGUUUCUGCUGCGGGGCAGAUUGUGUCUCUGAAGCUGUGGCUGAUAGAUGACAUCCUGGACAAGAUCAACAGUCACUUGCCAUCUCAAAUGAAAAUUCUGGGCUUAAAGCGUGUAACUGGAGGUUUUAAUUCCAAAAAUAAGUGUGAUGCCAGAACAUACUCCUACAUGCUGCCGACCAUAGCCUUUGCUCCCAAGGAGUUUGAUGUUCUGGAUAACAGCUUCUGCAUGGAUGAGGGGACCCUGCAGAUGGUGAACCGUCUACUGUGCCGCUUCAAGGGCACGCACAAUUUCCACAACUACACUUCCCAGAAGGGACCACGGGACCCCAGUGCCCGCCGGUACAUCAUGGAGAUGGAGUGCGGGAAGCCCUUUGUGUGUCAGGGCCUACAAUUCGCUGUCAUCCAGGUCAAAGGUCAAAGCUUCAUGAUGCACCAGAUUCGCAAGAUGAUCGGGCUGGUGAUCGCCGUAGUUAAGGGCUACGCCACUGUCGAUAUCCAGGACAGGAGCUGGGGUGAAGAGAAGGUGGACAUCCCCAAGGCUCCCGGGCUGGGCCUGGUUCUGGAGAAGGUGCAUUUUGAGAAGUAUGAUAAGCGUUUUGGGGGCGAUGGCGUCCACGAGCCACUGGACUGGACUCAGGAGGCAGAUAAGAUUGCUGCUUUCAAAGAAGAGCAUAUUUACCCCACUAUUGUACAGACUGAGUUGGAGGAGAAGUCCAUGCUGAACUGGAUGAAGACACUACCCAUCCAUGACUUUGAGGCAACUGCCACAGGGUCACAGGAGCACAAAGGCAGGACGGUGGAGGAGGAGGAUGAUGACGACGAUGGGCAUGGAUCUGAUUAACUUCGUUGACAUCAAGGGCCCUGAAUCUUAAGAAACUGUUGGUCUCUGGAAGCAUUGAGUGCCAGUAUUUUUCUCUCUUAAAAAAAUAAUAAUCUGUGCCUUUUGUUUUGCAUUUAAGUAAAACAUGGCUAUACUUCUGAAGUGCUUUGGCCGUUCAAUAGAUUACAUAUCACUGAAAACUAACAGUGAAUACCACUGCGAUAUUUUAUGAAGAUAUAUAAUUUCUUUGUACCUUGCUGAAAUAUUUUUAAAGUAUGUUGGACUCAUAAUAGAAAUGUGUGUAUAUAGAUGACUAUAUUUAUACACAUGCAUAUAAUUUAAAAAAGAAAUACCCACAGUUAGUGAUAAUUAUUUUUCAUUUAAAAUACAUUGGUAUCAUAAGUACUUUUUUUUCCGUACUGAAUUAUUCUAAGCACUUCGGUUUGUUUUUGUUGGAGUAUAUUUGCACCACUUUGCUUUCCGUUUGAAUGAACAGUUUGUUGAACUUUUAGUUUUUAUAAUACAUUUGUGAACUUGUUUUUAAUUGUAAUUUUUUUUAUGUAAGAUAUACAGUGGGCACAUAGUGGGUAUGUAGCAUUUAAACCUCAGGAUGCUAUGGGUAUAAAAUUUGUAAGGAAACCAAAUGCCCAUUACAGUUUUUUUUUUUCCAAAUAUACAUCGGGGUUUGUUUACCAUAUUAAAUAUACAUGCCAUUAUUCCUUAAACAUGAUGUAUGGAGUUUGGUUAUGCCGUGGCAGUACAUACGUAUAAAAUAAAUGGUCACUAAGCCCAGCA